AUGAGAUUUGGGUUAAUAUUUGAUAGUAAUGGCCCUCGAGGGGUUUUUAGAAUUCCGCGGGGUAAUUUGGUCAAACUCAAACACCAACGGUUGAUCACCGCCGUGGCCAAAGCAGAGCAGCCUGAGCAAAUUGACGACUUAGAAAAAAUCGAUGAGGAAGUAAACGAAGGUACUCAAAUAUCUGUGGAGGAGAAUUCAGAUUCAGAACAUCAACAGAAAGCGAGUCAGUUGAAGAAAAGGGUUAUCUUUGGGCUUGGCAUUGGAGUUUCUGCUGGAGGAGUAGUGUUGGCUGGAGGAUGGGUUUUCACAAUGGCUCUUGCAGUGGCAGUAUUUAUUGGUGCCAGGGAAUACUUUGAACUGGUCAGAAGCCGUGGAAUUGCUACUGGAAUGACCCCUCCUCCUCGAUAUGUAUCACGAGUUUGCUCUGUUAUCUGUGCUCUAAUGCCUAUACUCACACUAUACUUCGGGAAUAUUGAUGUAUCUGUGACGUCUGCGGCUUUUGUCGUUGCCAUGGCCCUGCUUCUGCAAAGGGGGAAUCCCCGUUUCGCUCAACUCAGUAGUACCAUGUUUGGACUAUUUUACUGUGGGUACCUUCCUUGUUUCUGGAUUAAGCUGCGAUGUGGUUUAGCAGCUCCUGCACUAAAUACCCGUGUGGUAGCAUCUUGGCCUGUUCUUCUUGGUGGCCGAACUCAGUGGACAGUGGGUCUUGUGGCAACCUUGAUUUCAGUUAGCAGUAUUAUUGCAGCAGAUACAUGUGCUUUUAUUUGGGGAAAGGCUUUUGGUCGGACACCUCUGACCAGUAUUAGCCCAAAAAAGACAUGGGAGGGAGCUCUUGCAGGACUAGGUGGUUGUAUAGCGACCUCUAUUAUAUUGGCGAAGACCCUAAGCUGGCCUACAAAUGUCCUGAGUGCUGUAGCAUUUGGGUUUCUGAACUACUUUGGGUCUCUUUUUGGUGACCUGACGGAAUCCAUGAUCAAGCGUGACGCGGGGGUCAAAGAUUCAGGAUCCCUCAUACCUGGACAUGGUGGGAUUCUAGAUAGGUUCGACAGCUAUAUCUUUACAGGGGCACUGGCGUACUCUUUUGUCAAAAUCUUUCUGCCACUGUAUGGAGUUUGA